AUGAAUCGUUUGAUAGCCAUUUUCUUUUCCGUGAUCGCCUCCCAGGAUGACUACCUGCUGGAUGACGGGUUCCACCCGAUUCUGAGUGAUUUUUACAGAGGAAAACUCUACUUCGCUCAAACUAUCAACAACUUCGCAGAAAACAUUGGCUCAGUCUGCGUUGGAGACGGAGCUUACUCGUUAAAAGCACAUCGUGGAAAGCGCUUUGCCGAUGCAGUUUGUAACAAGCUUGGAUUCAAGGGAGCUAAAUUCCACGGCCUGCGAGAGGAAUACGAGGCUGGCAACAGAACAAGGUCAAUCGAGCCGAGCAAGACUUGCGACUUUGAUUUCAUCGCCAACGGAGCAAAGUGUAAUGGAACAGAACUUGAACAAUGUCAUCUGCGAGAAAUCGUAGCUUCUGGGAAGCGUUCUUGCAUCAACGGCAAAAGCGAGCUCUUCCUUGAGUGUAAAUACGAGGGCCACUACGAAAAUGAGGAGCUUACUGAAAUUAUGACGCUUGGCUGCGAGGACGGAGGUGAUUUCGCUACUACUCUUCGCAUGUGUGGCGUUCCAAAAGAAGAGGAUGAAGGCAAACGGGGACUUGCACCGAAGCAUUCCUCAGUAAAGCGCUGCUACGGAACUUUAAUCGAGCGAAAAUGCUGCGAAAAGGAGCCCACUUCAAAUUACAACGCUGAAUACUACAGUUACUCGGACUCGAACCCUUUCUCUAACUAUGAAAGUAGUUACGAUAAGUCCGCUUACGACGAUGUUGAUCACUUCAUAAGAGGCACCACGCCCAAUCAAGUGUGUGAAUGUGGCAAUAUAGCACAGUGGAAUAGAGUGCACAUGGAUGAGACACAGAACAAGGAGGAAUCGCCGGUCAACCGUCCACUUCCGGAACGGACGAAUUCCUGGAGGAAGACUCUGACUUCUACUCAGACGAAGUUGGAAAUUCUGAACGCCCAACCGAUCAUUCCAACGACGAUCAUGGAGUCCAGAAUUCGAGUCAGUCAUCGCCGAAUACGAAUCUCGAAAACGCAAAGCCCUCGUCAGCCAUAA